GAUUAUAGUAUACAUCGCUUUGAAGUUUCCGUUGUUGGCUUGCACAUAGCACGCAAAGAGACCGUCCUCGUCGUUUUUGUCCCGCCCGUAUAAUUUAUGCCGGGGCUCUAGGGGGCCAGGCGAGCUAGCUUCUGUGCAUAAUGGCAAGCCCAGAGGAGGCCACCGCGGUCAGGAAGCCGCAGGUGUACGCAAAUGCCACUGUACAAGACUUUCUGGAGCGCUAUGAGGUUGGCGAGACCGUGGGCGUGGGAGGCUUUGCGGUGGUAAAGAAGGGGCGAGACAAGAAGACGGGGGACCCCGUCGCCAUCAAGGUUGUGGAUAAAUCGCGGUACGCAGCCGGAGACAACUCGCUAGAGCGAGAAAUCCAGGUCCUCUUGAAGGUGGACCACCCGAACUGCAUCAAGCUAUUCGACGUGUAUAUCACGCCCCGCAAAGUGUACCUGGUCACCGAGCUGGUGACCGGAGGCGAGCUGCUGGACAGGGUCACGGAAAAGGGCAACUACACGGAGAAGGACGCUUCGUCGCUCAUUCGGCAAAUCCUCUCGGGCGUGGCGUACUUGCACAAGCAAGGCAUCGUGCACCGCGACCUGAAGCUGGAGAACAUGGUCAUGCUCAACGAGCGCGACGACAGCCCGGUUAAGAUUGCGGACUUUGGGCUCAGCAAGUUCUUCAGCCCGGAGACGGUGCUCAGCACCAUGUGCGGCAGCCCGCAGUAUGUGGCGCCGGAGGUGCUGGGCGUGGGGGACGGCCUGAAGGAGUACUCGCCGGCGGUGGACAUGUGGAGCGUGGGCGUCAUCCUGUUCAUCCUGCUGUCAGGCUACUCGCCAUUCGACGACGACAACGACGCGGUGCUGUUUGAGAAGAUCAAGAAGGGCAACUACGACGCGGACGACCCCAUCUGGGAGAACAUCAGCCCCGAGGCCAAGGACGUGGUGGCCAAGCUCCUGACGGUGGACAGCGGCAAGCGCCUCACAGCCGACCAGGCGCUGGCGCACCCGUGGGUGCAGGGCCAGACGCCAACGACCGUGGAUGAGGCCGCCAGCAAGCAGCUGCAGAGCACAAUGGACAAGAUGAAGAAUAUGGCGGUGAAGCGCGACUCUCUGCGCAAAUCCUUUAUCGCCGACCCGAACGGCAAGGCGGCGGCCGCUCCGGCCGCGGCGGCGCCUGCGGCGUCCGCGUCACCAGCGGCGGCGGUGGCGGCGGCGGCGGCUGACGACAAGACGGCAGGCGACGACCUGUCUGCGUACUUGUAGUCAGGGACGGUAGUAUAACAUAUGUUGGGAUGGCGCUUCGAGGGGCAGCGUCACGGCCGGUGUGCACGCACCGGUGCGGUGAGGGCCUGAUCGUGGCAUCGGCCUGGUAGCGAUCGGGCCAAUGAAUGGGACCCAAGGUACAGCGAGGGAGCGCGCGAGGACGCUGGGCGUUUGAAAAGCGGCCGCUGCGUAUUACGUUAAGAGGGCAGCAGGAGAGGUGGUUGCGGGGUUCCGGCGUUUCUCGGCGGUGUAACGGUCGGCAUUGUGGCGGUGCUGAGGAGGACCCGGUGCCUACCAGGUACGGGGGACCCUCUCUAUGACCGGUCAAGGCCCGUAGCGGAUGUCCCGAGCAGGCGUGCUCGAAAACGGCUUGUCACGAUACCCGUGUUAAGCUGUCGCGCGGAUUUUGUGCCGGGCAGGGGUCCAGGAGUGAUGCGGGCGCGCUGUAAGGAGUAGUGUGCUAAUUACCGUGGGGGUGUUGUUUCUUCUUGUGGGUGUGGAUGGCAUGUGUGAAUGUGUUUUGCAUCCUCCAUAGCGGCUCGUUGGUCGUAUGGUUUACCGGUAGGCGCUGAUAUGCGCAGCAAAAGAGUUAGCACUGAAGGGUCAGGAAUUCGCUGGGUAACUGUGUCCAUGCCGUGUUGCCCGAGGAUCAAACCGCAAGUUGGUCGCAGGGUCAACACGGCGGGUUGGAUGUCGUUCCUGAGUGCGAAGGUAUCUGGCAAUAUAAACAGAAUGUGCGCUGUACACAAGGGUGAAGAGGAUUCAUGCGCUGUUUUUUUGGUGGAGGUGCAUGUUUUGAUCUUAGGUGAUGUACUACACCAGCGUAAGGAACUUGAAUAUAACAAUGAUUUGUGGCUAGGCCGUGCGUGUGCAACCCACGUGACACAUUCGACGUCGAUGGAGGGCACGCAUGGUUUUAGACGGAUGGAACCUCGGAUGGUCACUUGGUCAGGCGCCCCUGCGCCCGUACCAGGGAUGUAUUUUUGAGUGGGUCGUCCGAUCGUCCUGAGCGACCUUGAGCAUCAAAGAGCUUGGUGCACAUGCCCAGCGCGAUAGUUCCUGUCACACUUUUGGGCUGAGCCCCCCAGCGCAGCGUUCCAGGGCCACGUCCGGAUUUGCGGGGAUGCCAAAGGCCCCCAACAUAGAGGCGUGUGCUUAGUAGGCGCCCGCGUCAAGGUGGCGGGGUUGAUAACGACCCAGGAUCAGCCCUUUUCCUGCCAUAAGGCAGCCACCUCCUUGUUGGGUGGGUCGUGUGCAGUAAGGCUCGUUCCUCA